AUGAACGAACACGAAAUUAACGAACUGGAGGAAAUUAGAAACACCAUUUUGAGAAAAAAUGAAAAAGGGGGGCAUGACUACACAUCUGUAAUUAAUACCUUUUUAUUACUUGUGCAUUUUGUUCUGUAUGCCUCAAUCGUCGUUGUUUACUUCUCCCACCGGAGUGAUGAUUUUACGAGCUGCUUCCACCAAGCUUUUUCCUCUGUCGUUAAAAAUGAGUAUGUCAGUAUUGGUGACAUAGAAGCCACUCAGAGGGAGCUCUCCGGCAUGACACGAGUGUGCAACUAUGGCCGGAUCCAUUUUUUGAGAUAUGAGUUGGAGGGGGGCUCCAACUACGUCUUGUCCUUUUAUAACUCGAAUGUGAAUACAUAUGUAGACUACUCAGUUGCGUUCCACAAGCUGUUCCAUUCGACGAUCUUCAAAUCGCAAUUGAGCAUAAGCAUUGGCCACGCCUACCACUGGUACGAAUGGCUCCUGGUCCUCUUCCUUAACAUGAGCGCGCUGGCGGUGGCGUAUCGGACAAAAAAAUUGAACUUCUUGCACCUCUGCAUAGUUGCCCUCAUCGACCUGAGCAUCCUCUACGAGCAAUUUAUAGACACGGUUGAGAAUUACUCUGUGCACGAAAAAGGCGUUGAUCUGUUAAUUUGCUCCUAUUACCUUUUCCUCAUUUUAAACGUCCUGAAAAAAUUAUCAAAUCACUGGAAGGUCCUUGUCAUCCCGGUGCAAAUAAUACGGAUAACUGUUGCGCAGAACUAUAUGCUGCUCCUCUUUCUCCUGACCUUUCUGCUGUUGAUACUCAUUAAUUAUUUUUCGAGCGGGGAGAAAUUCAAGUCCUACUUCAGCUCCGUCUUCACCUUUGAAGAUGACUCAAAAUACAAGAACGAAUUUAUAUACAACUUUUUUGUUGUUAUAAUUUACAAUUUUUUCUUUGUUCCCAUGAUUACAGUUGCAUCAACCGCAACUGCCUUUUUGCUGAUAAACAAUCAUCGAGACCUUUUCGGUAGGUAGAUGACCUACGAAGAAUACGAAGAGAAGAAAGUUAAAAUAGACAUCCUCAAAAUUGGCAGCAUAAUUGUUUUUUUUCUUUUUUUUAUAUUUUUUGUGCUGAAAAUAUUUUUCGACCAGAAUGCGAUGACCCACCUUGAUGCGCAUUACGCGCACCAGUUGGGAGCACCCUUCGUCACGAAGGAUAGAGGGGAAAAGUCGUUCGACACGCUGACGCACACGUCCGAGUACCUACAAUUCCUCAACGCUGUUGUGAUAAAUAACAUAAUGAGAAAUAAGAAAAACCUGGACAAUAAAAAGCUGUUUAAACUGGAAUCGGCCUUCGAGGGACAGAACAUCUUUGUGUACGAAGACGUCUUCCACAUUUUCCCCUAUGACUUGUUGGUGAAGUUCAGCGAUGGGAAGGCAGUGUCGGACGAAAUAGCCGUGGAGAAUCCCCUGCUUUCAGACGCGCCCGCCAGGGACGCGCACGAACUGCGCGAGCACGAAGACACGCUUGACAAGAGAAAGGAAGCCAUAAAACACUACGACGCGUAUGCCCUACUGUACAACUUUGAGCACAACCUGUUCAUUCUGUUAAAUGCGUCCUUCAACGUCCAGAGCAACGGCCUGUUCAGACAAACCAAAGACGUCUUCAUACAGGAGAUGACCGAAUUUAGAAACCCGCAGCACAGAACUAAACUGAUCAUUUUGAUAUUCCUCUUAAUCAUAACAGCGGGUUACUUCCUGCUAGUAAUGUACAUGUUGUACUAUGUGCGGAAUCGAUUCUUCCUGCUGUUCUUUGGCUUCUUUUUUACCAUUUGUCUGUGCUUCUUUUCAUUUAGUUUUAUGACACUGAAAUCUGUGAGUCACUCGUAUGACUACGUUGAGCAUAUAAAGAACAAAAACAUUGCAGACUCGUUUAAUUUGAACAAGCUCGGGAAUUUCAAGUCGCUGUUGGACGACCUGUUACGGAUAAAGGUGUGCAAAUUUUACGGGAAUUUAUUUUGUCACAUCAUUCUUGUCACAAUUGUGUUGAAGAUUUAUUGCUUCUUCUUUGUUAACUAUUUUGUUUCCUUUAUCAAGUACAAGUUUCACUUCCUCUUGGUGACGGCGUCGGUGUGCAUCUCCGUCUGUUUGAUGUCCCUCUUGAGCUCCUACACCUAUCUGAACACCAGCAUAAGCCUGCAAAAAUGGACGAUGUUGUUUUACCACGUCCAGACGAGCGAAAAGUACUCCGCCUAUGAGCUGCUAAGUAGUUUCAUUUUUUUUUUCUUCCUCUUCUACAUUACGUCGAUAUACUUGUACAUAUUUUUAAAAAAAAAUGAAAACACUGUAACAGUUAAGCUAAAGGAAGAUGAGGAGAAUUCACUGCCCUUUGACGACCUAGCCCUUGAUGACCUAGUCCUUGACGAUCAUGACAUUUUGCUCCACUUUAAGGCCAUCCUCUACACUAUAGACAAGACAUUCGAAAAGGUGAGAAUACUAAGGGAGAGACAUGAGGUAGGGCAAUUAUUAAAUCAGCAAAUCCAGUGGUAUAAUCAGUACUGUUAUCAACAGGCUUUGCAGGAAAAUCUGCUAAAUUGGUAUGGCCCUAAUGGAUGUGUGCGUCAGGAGGGGGGUCAGCUGGGGGGUCAACUGGGGUAUCAGUUAGGAGGUCAGUUGGGGGGUCAGUUGGGGGGCCAGUUGGUCCAGGCGCCUGAACCUAGUGGCUGGUGUGAAGGCGGGGUCGAAGCCCAAGUGGGGAGCUCUGCCGUGGUGAACAGGGAGGUGGGGAGUGACCAGGGUGAGGGUCCCCUUUCCGGUUUUGCCGUACCACUCAACCAGGGUGAGGGUCCCCUUUCCGGUUUUGCCGUACCACUCAACCAGGGUGAGGAUCCCCUUUCCGGUUUUACCGUACCACUCAACCAGGGUGGUAACCCCGAUAUGAACUCCCAAGAGAUGAACACGCAGCGGUUGCAAAGUGAAGAAAAAGGAGAUGCCUCAAGAGAUGAGUCAAGUCUGCACGAUGACGAGGAGGUCGACGCGGUGGCCCCGUGUUCACAAAACUACAACGAGUUCGAAAUGGUCCAGAAAACGGAGAACAUGCACCUGUUUUUUACGAAGCUGCUGAAUGGGAAGUAUGACUUUGGUUUUUUGCAUGAGGGAGAGGGGGGGAAUGCACAGGGUGGCGCGAAUCCAGUAGGAGGCUCGAGUGCAGUGGGAGACGCGAAUGCAUUGGGAAACGCGAAUGCAUUGGGAGACGCAAAUGCAGGGGGUGGAAACUGCAACAAUGGCGAGGCCAAAAAGCGGCUGUCGAAUUUCCUCAGAAAAGGGGUUCACGACAAGACGGCAGUCAGGAGGAGGGAUCAAAAGAAGGAACAGAAAAGAGCCAAACUGAAACAAAUGCUAGCCAAUUUGGUUGAAGAUUUGGCUAGUAUCGAAAAAAUAAAAAUGUCAUUCACGUAUGUCUUAUUUUUGAAGAUAAAGAGACACAUCCUGAUGAGGAACAUACGGCAAGUGAACAGAGUGACGGGCGAAAUGAAGGCCGAGUACCAAAACAGAGUCCUCUACAAGAAGCACCUCAUGAAUUUACAGCAGAAGAUGGCUAACGAGAUCGAUGAGAUGGAACGGGACAUACUGAUACGGAACAAGCUGAAGGGCACCCUCAUCCGUGUCAUAGAGGAGGGAACAUUCUACCAGAAGGAUAAGAAGGGAGAGAAGGAUGAGAAGGGUGAGAAGGAUGAGAAGGUCGAAAAGGAGAUCAGUAACCCCUCGAAGUCGACACCACAAUCUGGCCCCGGCGCAUUGGAAGAACCGAUACCCCCAGAAAAGCAAACAAAACAAAUUUGA